ACUUUACUUUUUCAGGCCAGGCUUGAACGGGUUUUAGGAUGCACAGCGCUGUCACGCCUCUCUGUAUCUGUGGACGAGAACCGAGACGUUGUCGCAUAUCCGGCUGGAGCAACAGUUGUUCUUUAUUGUCCGAGAAGCAGUUUGCAAGCUCAUGUAAUUGGCGCGUCGAAGAACAGUAUCACAUGUUUGUCGUUCUCGAACUGUGGCAACUACCUUGCUACCGGCGAGGUCCUCUUGUGUUUUGCUUUAUUUUUCGGUUGCUCGAAAUUGAAUCGGCGAGAUUUUAGCCCAUCGAUCAUCGGCGAUUUCCAGGCUGAGAUUCUUCUGGCUGGCACCGAGCCACGAGUGCGCAUCUGGCAGCUCUAUGACUCGAAGGGCCGAUUUGCUUCAACUCCAGUUGCCGAGAUCAAGCAUCAUCAAAUCGAAAUUGUUUGCGUGAUCGGUCGGGUUUUCUUUAAUGCAGAUGAGGUUGGUGUAGUAAGUGAGGGAAUGAGGCUUGCAUAUUUUAAGCGUUUUCUGCCUGAUGGCAACGUUGUAUCGGUGGGCAAUCAGCACGAUCGUGCAAUUGUUAUUUGGAACCCGCAGACGCAACACAAAAUCGCUGAGAGUCGGCUCACUUCAAAGGUGCACUCUUUGGAUGUAACGGAGCAAGGCGGUUGUGUAACAGUGGGGGUGCGCCAUGUGAAAUUCUGGCAUAUUGCGAAGAAGCCUGAUGGGCAAAGAACUGUGCCAUUGCAGGGGCGUUCGGCAAUCCUCGCCGAUCAGCGAAAUAACACCUUUUUGGAUGUGUGUUGCGCACCAAAUAAUAGGACUUUUUCAAUCACCGAAACAGGCAUUCUGUUAGAAUUCCACGACAAAAAGUUAAUCAGUACUUUUGAUCUGGGCGAUGAGUUGCCGCUUUCAAUGAUACAUGGCGGUGAUGAACUAUUUAUCGGAUUCAAAAACGGCUUGAUACGAUGCUUUGACUUCGCAACGCUGGAACGUAAAUUCACAAUUUGUAAGCCGCAUUAUUUGGCCUGCGAUGUUGCCAAAGGUGCUGGUAGUGAUGCGCUAUCACCGGAAUCGAAUCAGUCUGGCAGCAGAUAUCCGGAUGUACGAGCUCUCGCCUAUAACAAGAGAGCAAAUAUGUUGACCGCAGUUUACAGUGAUCGUUCAGUCUAUACAUGGCAUCCGCAGGGCGAGCAGAUCCAGAAAAUAUCUUCCCAGCUUUUUCAUGUCGGCCCAGUGAUGUCGCUAGAGAUUUCUCCGCAGAAUUGUACAUGGCUACCACAAGGCGCAUUCCUGACUGGUGGAUUAGAUGAAACAAUUCGUAUUUGGAAUGUAGAUCACCAAGUGCCGUCAAUCGACGAGAGCAGGCAAAUGUCAGUGCCGGAGGGCAACAUAUUUUCGGAAGAACUAAAGAAAAUCAUCUUCAUUGCUAAUAAUGCCUUGCAGCUCGCUGAGUCAUCCAAUGAAAUGCUUGGUGCGUCGUUGUCGGAUGCUGGUGCCGGUGUGAGAUCAUUACGAAUUAGUCCGGACGGGCAGCAUCUCGCAGCGGGUGGUCGCGAUGGCAAUUUAUGGUGA